GUCUGCUGUUUCGAGCUGUCUCCUGCUCGAAUUAUUUUGAUACAUGACUACCUCGUCGUCGGACAGUCGAAGUGCAAGAAAUAUGUUGAUGUACACUAUAAUUGGAGGAUACGUCAUAACAUCUGUACUUCUCUUCAAAUAUCCGACAUUAAUACAUAAAAAGAAAAAAGUAAAAUUCACGUGUCAUCACAUCAGUCACAGAGGUGGCGCUGGUGAGAGUUAUGAAAAUACUAUGUGCGCUUUUAAACGAGCUGUUGCUGUUGGUACACAAAUGCUAGAAUUGGACUGUCAUUUAACAAGAGAUUUGCAGGUAGUUGUGUGUCAUGAUAACAAUCUACUGCGCAGUACAGGAACCAAUAAGAAUAUUUCAGAACUAAAUUAUAGAGACUUGCCUCUCCUUAAGCGAUGUCUACCGAUUGAUUUUGACCCAGAUUCUGAAUAUAUUGGAUCUGAAAAAGAGGAAGAGCGGCGAUUUCCAUUAUUAAAGGAAGUCUUUGAGGCAUUUCCGAACAUUCCUAUUAAUAUCGACAUCAAAGUCAAUAACGAUUGUCUUAUAUCCAAAGUUUCUGAAUUAAUAAAGCAAUACAAUCGAGAGGACUAUACAGUCUGGGGGAAUUUCAGAGAUGAAAUUACAAAGAAGUGUUAUAAAAUGAAUCCAAAUGUAAAUCUGAUGUUUUCUAUGCGACGCGUUACUCUGCUGAUAUUGCUUAUGUAUACUGGAUUGCUACCCUUUGUGCCUUUAAAAGAGACACACCUGGAAAUAUUCCUACCCUCUAUAUAUCUACAAGUCUGGAAAAGGAAUUCGAAAUCUCUUUUUCCAUUAGAAAAACUUAUCUUAUGUUCCAUUAAUUUAUUGCUAAUGAGACCAUGCCUAUUUAACCAUUUACGUGCUCGUGGAAUUCACGUCUAUUUUUGGGUGCUAAAUAAGGAUGAAGAAUUUAAAAAAGCAUUUGACUUGGGUGCUACAGGUGUAAUGACAGACUACCCAUCACGACUGAAGCUUUUCUUGGAGAGUAAUAUGCUGGAAUAGCAUCAGGUAUUUUGCAGAAAUGCAACAAAUUCCAAAGAUAAACUAAAGAUUUUUUUUUCUUGUGGCUCUAAAUUAAACAAAUUUAAAUGGCGUCGUUGACACCUCGCGAAUUUUUUCGCACACUGCAAAUUGAGUUUCGGAAUUAUAUGUAUCAACAUAGCCAUUAUAGCAUAUGAUAAAAUGUGACACAUCAUUCUUUAAAGCAGAUAAAACGAGUGUCGCAACUUGUAGAUAUGCUAAUUAUAAUUCGCGACGUUUUGACAAACAUGAAUGCAAGAAUUUUAAAUGAAAAAGAUAUGCAAAUCAUAGUGAUAUGUAUUUUAUAAGAUUUGCAUUAUAAAUGGAGUAAUCGUCAAUUGCACGUUUUCUAGGAAAAUAAUCGUAUACUACCAAUUGUAUGCAUUGUAUCAUUCGACGCCACAUUUUUACAAAAUUAGUGAUGUCAGUCACAUUUUACUCCUAAUUUAUGAAUAUUAAGCUUACAAUCAUCAAAGUUAACGAGGCUGCCUUUAUGUUUAAAUUGAUAUUAAAUUAAACUUUGCGUUACUUAUAUUCAUGCAUGCGUUAAGACAUUUUUGAGAAUGUGCAUUGAAAUUCAGUAGUUUAAUUUAUAAGACUGCAACAAAGAGUAAUAUUUAUGAAUCCUUAUUGAAUAUAAUCUUCUAUUGUCUUUAUGUCAUGUGAGGUCCAACAGGGCAAGAAAUUAACAUCAAAAUUAAAUGACCACAUCGGCUACCUCCCUUAGUGCAAUUAAAAAUAUUAGUUAUUCACUGAGGAUUGUAUAAAAUUGCGCCUCUUAUUUCUGCAAUGAGACAUACAGUGAUUACUAAAUUAUACAUGAAAUAAUAGGCCCUGUGCGUGAAGUUCCCAAAGACUUAUUUUUUAACAUUAUUGCUACACUUUUGUCCUUGAAAAUUUGUGAUGUAAAUAUCAGUAUUAUAUGCUAUGAAGUAUAAAAUAAUGUGAAAUACUAUUACAGUGACAUAACUUUCAACUAUAAAUGCUGUUUCCUACAAAGUAGUCUUAGCAAAGGCAACAUAACGUUAAGAAUAGUGAAUUCAAAAAGACGGAUUCAGAAUUGAUUAAAAAUACAUUACAAAUAAUUAGAGUAAUUAGAGUAAUUGCGAUAUCGACCGUAGUUACAUUACCCAAUAGCACGUGCUUAUAAAAAUUAUUCGAUACUAUUUAAAAUUAAAUCUUAUUUUGUUAUUUAUCUAACUGCUUCUCAAGUGUUGAUAGAAGCUUCCAUAUAAUAUAGUAAUACUUUAUGUAAUUUACUAACUGUGAUCUAUUUUGUGAUAAGCUUUCUUCUUAAAUGCAGAUUAGGUUCUGUAUUUAAAUUUGCACAAAGCUUAAAGAUAGGAAAAUUUUAGCUUAAUCUGAAAUGUAUAGUAUUAUAAAUAUAAUAAAAUAUGUAUUUAUUA